UAAUACAUCUUUAUCAUAACCAUCCAUUAAAAAUAAAUCCAUAAAAUAUGGUUGGUUUUGAAGCAUUAAUUCUUGAAGCACCAAGAAAAAACACAACCACAUGAUGGAGGACUCGUGGCAAAACUGGCUCUCUCAUUUGGGAACGAGUGAAAACUUUGGCUGCACCACCAUUGAUGAGAUGCUGUGGUUGAAUAGUACUUGGCAGGGAUGUGAUAGCUCCAAUAAUGAGGUAGCAUGUAUGGAGUUAAAAGAUGAACAGUCAGAGUGUUGUUGGAGUAAAAGGGGUGUGGAGAAGCAUCAGGAUUUGGAGGCAAAGGGAAGGGAGAAGAAAAGAACAAAAAGGGCAAGAACCUCUUCUGAGAUAGAAUAUCACAUCGUCUCAGAGAGAAAAAGGAGACAGAAUAUAGCAGAGAAAUUCAUAGCACUCUCAGCUACCAUACCUGGCUUGAAGAAGAUAGACAAGGCAUCAAUCCUUGGAGAAGCCGUAAAGUACAUGCGACAACUCCAACAACGCAUAGCAGAGUUGGAAAAAGCGAGCAAUAAUAACAGUGUAAAGUCGUUUAUCAUAGCCAAAUCACACCUUUGUUCAGCAUCAUGUGAAGCAAAUUCUACCAUUGAAAUGCUCCCUGAAGUUGAAGCAAGUGGGUUAGAGAAUGAAGUGCUGAUUAGAAUCUACUGUGAGAAACGAAAGGACAUCAUGCUAAACCUAAUGACCCUUCUAAAAGGUGUUCAUCUCUCAGUAACCAGUAGCAGUGUACUGCCAUUUGGAAACUCUCUUCUCAACAUUGUCAUUGUUGCUCGGAUGAGUGAGGAGUUCAACUUGACGGUGACUGAGUUGGUUAAGACGUUGAAGCAGAAUCUUUCGAUGUUUUAUGGUGUAACUGAGUGAUCGAGUUCUCCAAUGUUUGUUCAUUGAAUUGAAGUUCUCACGUAAUAAAUGAUGUCACUGUUUCUUUUUUAA